CUUUUUCAACGAUAAACUUGACACAGUUGGAGAUGGAGGCGAAACAUCUGCGAAAAGUACCAACUACGUGAAGUUUGAUCAGGGUAGACAGUCACACGCUGUUGCUGUUGACUGGUAUCUGCGGUUUUUUCGUGACGGUGAAAAGGACAACGUUUCCAUGAUGGCGACACCGGCGCUGCUAUGACGGUUAACUGUAAAACUUUAAGGAGCAAAGUUUGAGCAGUGUCUUAUGACACUUUCUGGAAUCAAUAACGCUGUUAAAAACAAAACCUUUUACAACCAUGAUCUUCAUUUCUCUUUCAGCGUGGGCAUUUACUUUUAGUUUUUUCUUUGGCGUGUCAAAAUGCUACUUUUCCAUUCCGCUGAAGAUAUACCCGGGGCAGUACAACGUCUCCGCGGAUGGAGACUUGCCUCCUCUUCGACUCGUAGCUUUAAAGUCUGAUGGGAACGAUCUCUCUUUGGCCUCUGACCCAACUGGGACUGUCAACUUUCUGGAUAUGGUCAGCAACUUGCAAGGGGACUCUGGAAGAGGCUACUACAUAGAAAUGUCGAUCGGUACACCUGGCCAAAAGCUGAACAUCCUGGUGGAUACCGGCAGCAGUAACUUUGCUGUGGCUGCAGCUCCACACCCAUUCAUUACUCACUACUUCAACACUAAACUCUCCAGCACCUACCGGUCGUCCGGUCGACCUGUAGGUGUCAGGUACACCCAGGGAAACUGGGAAGGUGAGCUGGGAAUUGAUGUCGUCUCCAUCCCAAAAGGCCCAGAUGGAACCAUCAUCAUCAACAUUGCAGCCAUCUUGUCAUCCGACGGCUUUUUUCUCCCUGGAAUCAACUGGCAAGGCAUCCUGGGAUUGGCCUAUCCCACGUUGUCACGGCCGGACUCAUCCGUGGAGCCCUUCUUUAACUCUGUGGUGAAGCAGCUCGGAAUUCCCGAUAUGUUUUCCCUCCAGAUGUGUGGUGCUGGUCUGUCGGCCAGCAGCGCUGCAGAUCCUCCGGCUGGCAGUCUCAUAAUGGGCGGAGUUGAGCCGACUCUGUAUCGGGGGUCCCUGUGGUACACCCCUAUAGUCGAGGAGUGGUACUACCAGGUGGAGGUUUUGAAGCUGGAGGUUGGAGACCAGAAUCUGAACCUUGACUGUAGAGAGUAUAACACGGAUAAAGCCAUCGUUGACAGUGGGACGACACUGCUGAGACUUCCUGUCAAUGUCUUCAAUGCGGUGGUGGAAGCCAUCACGAGCAGCUCUCUGAUCCAAGAGUUCUCUUCAGGGUUCUGGGACGGCACCAAGCUUGCAUGCUGGAUGAAGGGAGAAACUCCCUGGAAGUUUUUCCCAAAGCUGUCCAUCUACCUACGAGCCACCAACACCAGCCAGUCCUUCCGCAUCACCAUCCUGCCUCAGCUUUACGUCCAGCCUAUCACCGACGUGGACGGCACGCUGUCCUGCUUCCGUUUCGGGUUGUCCUCCUCGGCCAACGGCCUGGUGAUUGGUGCCACUGUAAUGGAAGGUUUUUACGUGGCGUUCGACCGGGCUCAGAAGAGACUGGGCUUCGCUCUCAGCAGCUGUGCAGUGAGCGGCGGAGCGGCCCUCUCGGAGAUCGCUGGACCCUUCCCAGCUGCAGACGUGGCUGCUGACUGCUCAGGCAGGUUGUUGAAGGAGCCCAUCCUGUGGGUUAUCUCCUACGCCCUGAUGGCGGUCUGCACCGUGAUCCUCAUCGGGCUGCUGCUAGCGCUGCUGCUGCCCUGCAGGUGCAGAGGUGGCUCUGAGGAGAUCACAGACGAGUCCUCACUGGUGCGACAUCGCAUCAAGUGACUGGGGGGAAAUGGACGGGCGAGCACCACAGACGAACAGAGGGACCGUGGACAGAGCCCAUCCACAGCUAUGGAGAAGGAAGUGGGGGUCAGUUUGAGCUGACCUUUAAUCCUGAACGUCAUGCUGACUUUAGACUGCUCUCGUGAGCUCAGCCCAUGGAGACAGUUGGACAAACUGCCUCUGAGAGGAAAGCUCCGCCCCAAAACACCUCCUACUGGAUCAACGUUCCUGUUUUAUUCCCAGUCCCUAAACAAACUCCUAAGGAGAAGACAUCAGGAAUGGAGGAAGGUGCACUGACAACAAUGCACUUAAACCUUUUGGUCAUGGCUUUUUCUGCUAAAUGCCAAAAAGUUUAGCUCUUUGGCCUUUUUCUGAACCCUUUUGUCUCUCUAAGGCUGUGAAAGGUAUUUGAUGAAUUGUAGGCAGUCUAACCAGACCCAACCAAAAUAAUCCCACAACGAGCUUUAUCGUUAGACGAUCAGGAGUGACGGGGAGCACUUUAACUCCACGUGGGUUAGAAAUGUCCAUGUUCUAGGAGCUGAUGGCUGAUUUUGUGCAUAUCUGACACCUUUUUCUGAUCAAAUUAAUUAGACUUUCUGAUGCUCAUUUUCUUCUGCGUAGCAAAUUAAUCUUUGACUUUAUUGAAACUGCAGGGAUGAAGCUGCUCUAAUCAUCUGGUAGUAAACAGAAAGGUGACAGAUGUUCACACGAUCAGCAGGUUGAGACUUGAUGCUCCUGAGCUGCACUUUGUUUCUAAAGCUGAUCAGAGGCGUCGCACCAAGCCACCGAUCAGAACUUCAGUCUGUUAUCGGCUUCGUUUAGCUGGUUGCCUAAAUUUCCGAAGCUGUCUACAUCCUGCACAUUUUUACAAAACAAACCCCAAAGACGUCUCUCUAAACUAAAAACGUUUGCAGACUCCUGACGGAACAAAAGUCACCUGCACACUACAAAUCAGUCUUCAAAGUGAAAAGUCGGUCGUGGGUUUGGACAGGAAGUGUGAAACGACCCACGCUGCCUAAAGCCUGUAAACCUGUCUGUCUGAAUGUUCACUUAUUUAAAGGUGUAUUUUUGUGCCAAAACUGUAAUUGUUGUGUAAAUAAUUGUUUGUGGCAAAUCCGAACUUAACAUUUUAAAUUAAUAAAAAUGUGGAUGCGUAGAACAAAA